CAAACCUCUGAAAACCAUCACCAACACCUUCCUUCCCCCUAGCUCUUCCGAACCUCAACUCUGCGCUGCGCGCGUGAAAAUAUUCCCCUUCCCCAUUCUACUUUGCGUCGCAGCUAUUCCCAAGUCUCGUUGAGCCACAUUACACAAUGAAGGGCGAGAUUCUUCACCUUCAUCUCGGUCAGGCCGGUACCCAGCUGGGUAACUCUGCUUGGGAGCUCUACCUCCUCGAGCACGGCCUCGGCUCCGAUGGUCGUCCUGACCCCAGCGCCAAGGAUGUCGUUGACGGCGGCUCCUACGAGACCUUCUUCACCGAGACGAGCGGUGGAAAAUACGUCCCUCGCUCCCUCUUCGUCGACCUCGACCCCUCUCCCAUUGACGAGAUCCGAACUGGCGGCUACCGUCAGCUCUUCCACCCUGAGCUGUUGAUCAGCGGCAAGGAGGAUGCUGCCAACAACUAUGCCCGUGGUCACUACACCAUCGGCAAGGAGAUGGUCGACAAUGUCAUUGACCGUGUUCGCCGCGUCGCUGACAACUGCCACUCCCUCCAGGGCUUCCUGAUCUUCCACUCCUUCGGUGGCGGUACCGGCUCUGGCUUCGGUGCCCUCCUCCUCGAGCGCCUUUCCACCGAGUACGGCAAGAAGUCGAAGCUUGAGUUCGCCGUCUACCCCGCCCCCCGUGUCUCGACUGCCGUUGUUGAGCCCUACAACGCCGUUCUGUCCACCCACAGCACUAUUGAGAACUCGGACUGCACUUUCCUCGUCGACAACGAGGCUGUCUACGACAUCUGCCGCCGCAACCUUGACAUUCCCCGUCCCGGUUACGAGCAUCUCAACCGUCUGAUCGCCCAGGUCGUCAGCUCCAUCACCUCGUCCCUCCGUUUCGAUGGUGCCCUGAACGUUGAUCUCAACGAGUUCCAGACCAACUUGGUCCCCUACCCUCGUAUUCACUACCCCUUGAUCAGCUACGCUCCCGUCAUCUCCGCCAACAAGAGCUCUCACGAGAGCUUCAAGGUCCAGGAGCUCACCUUCCAGUGCUUCGAGCCCAACAACCAGAUGGUCGUCUGCGACCCCCGCAACGGCAAGUACAUGGCCGUCGCCCUUCUGUACCGUGGCGACGUCGUCCCCCGCGACUGCAACGCCGCCAUUGCUGCCCUCAAGGCCAAGUCCUCCUUCAACCUGGUCGAGUGGUGCCCCACUGGUUUCAAGCUCGGAAUCAACUACCAGAAGCCCAUGGCUGUUCCGGCUGCCGCUGGCGACGGUGGUCUCGCCUCCGUCGACCGCUCCGUCUCUAUGCUGUCCAACACCACCGCCAUUGCCGAGGCCUGGUCGAGACUCGACCACAAGUUCGAUCUCAUGUACAGCAAGCGCGCCUUCGUCCACUGGUACGUUGGUGAGGGUAUGGAGGAGGGUGAGUUCAGCGAGGCCCGCGAGGAUCUUGCCGCGCUCGAGAAGGAUUACGAGGAGGUUGCUGCCGACUCGUACGAGGGCGAGGAGGACGAUGCCGAGUACUAAGCCGACAUCGGAGACCGUCCCGUUUUUUUGUUUCGCGGUAUAUCGGUUGCUGCAACGAACAAUGACGAACCCGGCAGCCUUGGACGAAAAACGAAUUGCAUGAAAAAAGUUUGUUCUUUUGGCGGCCGUCGGGGUGUCGGUUCGGUAGACUUCUGUUUCUCGUUCUUGCCGGACGGACAUGGACGCGCACAAGGCACUGGAUUAACCCAUAACCCAACGAAUGGAUAUUUCGGCGUCAAGCUCGAGUUGAUAAUAGAUGAGACCAAGUCACUUUCUUCUUUGACGAGUAUAUACGUGGUACCUCCUGACUUGUCUGACGAGAGCC